GUGUCUGAAGCCGUACCGUCUGGCGUCCUACGUCUUGGCGGUGGCGAUGGAGGGUCUCUGUUGUCUCUUCACGCCGUUGCUCCGGUCCUUCUCGCUCCUCGUACCCUUCGCUGUCCUCUACGGUUACUUCGACGGUGCCUACGUGGCACUGAUCCCCGUGGUGACGGCGGACGUGGUGGGAUCUCCGUACCUGUCCUCGGCGCUGGGCGUGGUCUACUUCCUCCACGCCAUCCCCUACCUCAUCAGUCCGCCGAUCGGAGGUUGGCUGGUCGACGUCACAGGAAGCUACUCGCCGACCUUCUUCCUCAGUGGUGUCUCUCUGCUGUCCAGCGCCGUCGUCCUCUCCGCCAUCACCGGGAUCCGCCACUGCCGCCGCCUGAUGCUAACCCCCCGCCGCUAAAUGCUAGCUCCUCCCCCGUCUGUCCGACCAAUCGGACUGCUUCAGCGGAGGCUGUCGGUCGAGCCUCGUGCAGAGGAAACGACCAAUCAGAGUAUCGACAGCGCAGACGGGGAUGAAGGGCCGUGAUUUGCUGGCGAAGUGGAUUUAUUGAUAGUCUGCCGAGGACCAGAAUCCACACUGUGACACACUUCCUGUCACCUGACUUUUAAAGGACACCUGGACGAACAGAGGCGAAGAUGCUAACGCCAAGAAACGAGGGAACAGGAAACAGAAAACAUGAAAUGACCCAAAUAAAAGCAUGUUUGCUCUCUGGUGGAGCUACAGUGGGAACGAAUGGACUCCGCAGAGCAAAGAGAUGAUUGAGUGAAACUAGAACACUCAAUAAGAGACUUUAAAGUUAGUUUGAGGCCAAACAGAAAUGUGUCGAAUGACUGAAUGUCAAAGACUGAAAGUUAAUGUUUGAUUGAUUGUUGAACAAAACUGGGUAGAACAUUCACGAUCCGAAUAUGUGAAUAUCUACUAGAACUCUUUCGCCUCUUUGACUGUAAAUGAUUAGUUUGAAAAUAAAUCAUGUGAAACUG